AUGGAAAAGUUUCUGCGUUCCUGGCGUCAGGAUGCGCUCAAUCGAGGCCAACACGACGCGGCCAUUUACAUCGGGGAUAAGGUGCUCGCGUUGACAAAUAGCGACUCGGAUGCUUUCUGGCUCGCUCAAGUCCAUUUCUCUAACAAUAACUACACGCGCGCCCUAGCUCUUUUGUCCCGGAAGGAUCUCAUCGCGCGAAGCACCGCUUGCCGUUACCUAGCCGCUCAUUGUUAUAUUAAGCAAAAUCAAUAUGAUCAGGCUUUGUCAGUGUUGGGCGACCAUAAUCCGACCCAUCUCAUCCGCAGCAGCAACAGCCGCCGAAAGCUACAACACCUCACCCUGCGUAACGGCAAAACUACGGGAUCUCGAAUCGAUCGCAAUGAGGAGCGGGCGAGGGAGGAUGCAAACAAUGUUCGGUUCGAGGCGGCGAUGUGCUAUCUGCGAGGCCUCUGUUUUGCGAAACAAAACGCCUUCGAUCGCGCCCGCGAUUGCUACAAGGAUGCCGUGCGCAUUGAUGUGCAGUGCUUCGAGGCUUUCGAUCAGUUGAUGAAGAAUUCUCUCAUGUCGCCUGCAGAAGAGCUGGAAUUUCUCGAGUCUCUCGACUUCGAUUCUAUCUCGUCCCCCGACCCGUCUGUUGUGCAGGAAGCGGCUCAUUUCACCAAGAUGCUCUACACUACUCGACUCUCCAAGUACUCAUCGCCAGCUAUCUUGUCGGAUGCGACUGAGACUUUGUCGACACAUUAUAAUCUUGCAGAGAACCCCGACAUUCUUCUUUCUCGAGCCGAAGCUCUUUACACGCAAUGCCGGUUUGCGGAGGCUCUGGAGCUGACCUCUUCUAUUUUGGCCACGGAGACGACGACCGCGCCAAAUGUACCGGCGCACAAUCAUCUUGGACACCCGCCGGCGGUCUAUCCCUUGCAUCUGGCUUGUCUCUACGAAACAGGCGCGACCAACGCGCUUUUCCUACUUGCCCAUACGCUGGCCGACCAUGCGCCGGAGGAGCCAUACACGUAUCUUGCCAUCGGUGUCUACUAUCUAUCCGUUUCCAAGAUAGCUGAAGCACGCCGCUUUUUCUCCAAGGCUUCCUUGCUGGACCUGCAUUCGGCACCGGCCUGGAUUGGAUUCGCCCACACCUUUGCAGCUGAGGGAGAACAUGAUCAAGCCAUUGCUGCGUACAGCACUGCAGCCCGACUGUUCCAGGGCAGCCACUUGCCGCAGCUGUUCCUGGGUAUGCAGCAUCUGGCGUUGAACAAUAUGUCCUUGGCUCAUGAGUAUCUAUCUGCGGCCUUUGCCAUGUCUACGGGUGCGACAGCGGGCACGGUACCGUCGAUUCCCAGCAACCCCUCGAGCGGAACCCCCGGCGGCGAUCCUCUGGUGCUCAACGAGCUUGGCGUUGUUCUUUAUCAUCAGAACCACCUUGAAGGUGCUGUAGAGCUAUUCAACCAGUCCCUGACACUAGCAACAGCCCUCCAUUGCGAGCCAGGAGCCUGGGUAGCCACGCGAGCAAAUUUGGGUCACGCCCUGCGCCGGAUUGGGCGAUAUGCAGAAUCUCUAUCGGAGUUUGAUGAGUGCCUUCGUGUUGGCGCCGGUGGUGCUGGCGCAGCUUACGGUCCGUUCCUAGGUGGCAGUGGUAGUACUGCAUCCGGGGUGGCAGUAUCUGGCGUCGGAGGCUACGAGGACCGCGGCUUGAUUGGGUCGUUGCAUACUUCGCGCGGCCUCGUUCUGCUCGAACUUGGCCGGACCAUGGAGGCUGUGACCGCUCUUCACGAAGCUGUGCGAGUGCUUGGGGCUAGCGGAGGGGGUGAUGCUGCUGGAGGUGCGGGCAUUGCGGGCACGCUGCUCUCGCGUGCACUUGAAAUAUGGGCUUUGGAGGGUCACGAAGAGCCAGAGCCAUCCCAUGACGUCGAGAGGCCGGCCACGAGCCGCACUUCGACUCGUUCGCGAGAUCACGGCAAAGGGAAAGUCGUAAGACGCCGUGGGAUGACUGAGGAAGAAUGGGCAGAGGAAAUUCCUCGAGUCAACCCACCCAGUACGGGCCCCGAAACAGAGACGCUGAGCGAGAAGGUCGAGAUGGAGCUGGAUGAUGAGGCAGACGGUUUGUUACGACACGCGAUCAGUCGGGUUCGAGGUGGGCGAGGGAGACGACGCCUUGGCUUCAGCCCUGAUGUCGAAGCCACAGAAACACCUGGACCAGCAGGAAGUCGUAGCGGCGGAUCCAGAGCAGUUCGCAACUAUGGCAGGACAUGA